GAACACAGGCAAACGCGAAAACCCCUUAUUAUUUUUGCGCUUUACCAGUUGCUUAUUCACCCUUUUCAUGAGGCCACAGCCAUUCCUGACUCUCUUCCGAAUUCCUUUACCCAGAGCUCAAUCACGAUUACCCAAGUCCUAUUCAUAUUACACUCCACUAAGAGGAGCUCGAUUUUCCCAUUGCGCCGCCGAUAUGUCGCAAUAUAGCAAGGCCUGCUGCUCCAUUCCUCCCGUUGUCUCGAAAGGGUAUGAGGAGAAGGGCAAGUAUAUCACCUUGAAUGGCAUGAAAACAUAUGUCACUGGCCCAGAAGAUGCCACAGAGGCCAUCUGUAUUAUUUUCGAUAUCUUUGGCUUCUUCCCACAAACUAUCCAGGGCGCCGAUAUAAUGGCUACCUCUGACCCGAACCGCAAGUACCGCAUUUUCAUGGCUGAUUUCUUCGACGGAAGCCCAGCAGAUAUAUCUUGGUAUCCACCCACCACAGAAGAACACAAGAAGAACUUGGCCAACUUCUUCAAAACUAAAGCCGCCGUACCAGGGACACUCUCAAGAAUCCCAGGCGUUAUCGAAGAAGCCAACAAACUUGCCGAGGGAGGGAAAUUCAAAGCCUGGGCUAUCCUUGGAUACUGUUGGGGUGGGAAGAUUGCCACUCUGGCUUCGACGCAAGGUACACUUUUUAAGGCGGCUGUCCAAUGCCACCCCGCUAUGCUUGACGCAAAGGAUGCUCCCAAUGUCACUAUCCCAAUGGCGCUGUUGGCCUCCAUGGACGAGGACGUCAACGAGGUCAAGGCUUUUGAGGAUAACCUGAAGGUUUCCAAGUAUGUCAAGACGUGGGAUAAGCAGAUCCACGGCUGGAUGGCGGCGAGAGGGGAUUUGGAGAACCAAGAGGUUCGCAAGGAGUAUGAAAAUGGAUAUAAGGCGGUGCUGGGUUUCCUUAAUGAGCAUAUGUAG